AGGAAGACAAGAGACAGGCAACUGAGAGGGGAGAGGAAGAGCUGCCGUCUUCACAAAGUCGCUUGCAUUAUUUUUUCAAGCUGCUGGCUACAUCGGAAUAACACGUUACUACAUUAAAACACCAUUCGAUAUUUUUUCCUCAGAGGAAAAUUUAUUUUGCUUCUACGUAGCUGCAGUGUUGCGUCCAGCCUCAACUUCGGUAGUUAACGGGUUAGCUGGCUAGAUAUCGCGAUACCAUAGAUAUUAAAGAUAUUUAGAGCAACAAAAAGUUGAGUUCUCACCUCCUAAUUGAGUCGCUUGAGGGAUAACAUCAAGAAAGGCAAAAGAAGACCUAUAACCACAUUCCUGCUAUCAGUCAAAGCGAAACUUACUCAACGUUAGUUCGUUUCCUACGCCGGUGCUUUGUAGAACCGGAGUCUCGGAUAUUCCAGUUUUGACUCGUUGGCGGGGCGUUGCUGUCUUGCUGGUAAAGCGUCUCGGUGAACAAGCUAGCUAAAACUCCGCUAUUGUGAAGCAGUUACAUUCCUACAUAUAUCACAAUCAAACAACGGUUUACGCACAAUAACAUACAGUUUUGGCGGCUGCUUUCUUUCUUCAAGUACACCCAACUACAAAAUCAUAGAAAAUGGCCGGAGUGAACAGCAUCGAAGCGGUGAAGCGAAAGAUUAAAGUUCUCCAGCAACAGGCAGACGAAGCGGAGGAGAGAGCCGAGAUCUUGCAGAGGCAGGUCGAAGAAGAGAAACGGUGCAGGGAGCAGGCCGAGGCUGAGGUGGCCUCCCUGAACAGGCGCAUCCAGCUGGUGGAGGAGGAGCUGGACCGGGCCCAGGAGCGGCUGUCCACCGCGCUGCAGAAGCUGGAAGAGGCCGAGAAGGCGGCAGACGAGAGCGAGAGAGGCAUGAAGGUGAUUGAGAACAGGGCCCUGAAGGAUGAGGAGAAGAUGGAGAUGCAGGAGAUCCAGCUUAAGGAGGCCAAGCACAUCGCGGAGGAGGCCGACCGCAAGUACGAGGAGGUGGCUCGUAAACUGGUGAUCAUCGAGGGAGACCUGGAGCGCACGGAGGAGAGAGCGGAGCUGGCAGAGGCCAAAGCCCGGAUGUUGGAGGAACAGCUGAGGGGUUUGGACCAAUCCCUGAAGAGUCUGCAGGCCUCAGAGGACAAGUACUCCCAGAAAGAGGACAAAUAUGAGGAGGAGAUAAAGAUUCUGACUGACAAGCUGAAAGAGGCCGAGACCCGCGCCGAGUUUGCGGAGAGGUCAGUGGCUAAGCUGGAGAAGACCAUCGACGACCUGGAAGAUGAGCUGUACUCCCAGAAACUGAAGUACAAGGCCAUUAGUGAGGAGCUGGACCAUGCCCUCAAUGACAUGACCUCCAUAUAACAGUGGAACACCUAAGUAUUGUCAAGCCUUUGUGUGCGGCGGCUGUGGGUGUGGGCUUGCAAAUUCAAUUCUGGGUCCACGUGAACUUCCAUCUCGAGUCAUGUUCUCUCUCUGUCUCUCUCCCUCCUUUUUUCCCACUCCAGUUCAUUCCUUAAUACUGUGAUUCCUCGUCCUUAGUAUCCAGGCUUUCUCCUUUGUCUCCCUCUUUGACCUUCCUACCUAGUAGGGCCUGUUCAUUCCUCUUAUGCUCCAUCUGUUCCUUUUCGCUGUUGCACCUUCCUGCUAUCCAUGUCAUUCCCCGACUCUCUGGCCCAGAAGUAGCCGGUCGGCUGUGCUUCUGGGUCACUGUAGUCUUUGUGUUCUCUAUUGCACUGGUCUGUAUCUGCACUGUCUACAUACUGUAUCUGUGACUCUCCUCCUGUACAGUCUAAAGAAGGGAAGAAAA